AUGCCUAAAGGUUACCGCCGCAUUCAGGUUGGUCAGAUCGUGACUUAUAUCAAGAAGCAUCUCAAGGGCAAAUACUGGCAUGACGCCCUUCGUGUCUGUCAGUCCGAAGGUGCAUCACUGGUAAAGAUGGAUUCAAGAAAGAAAAAAAGGCUUGUGGACAUAAAGUUUGGGAGAGUUGAUUGGAUGUGGAUUGGUCUGAAGGAUGUUUUCAAGAAUGAUACUUUCUACUGGACAGAUGGAGAACCUCUCACCAACAUUGAAGCUUGGAAGCCUGGUGAACCAUCACAUAUGUUUGUUGGGGUGGAUGAGGACUGUGUAGAAUCAAGACAUGGCCACAAAUACAUGGCGCACGUCUCAUGCAAUCUCUUAAGGGGUUACCUCUGUGAAACUGAUCCAUUGAAAUGA